GUCUCGUCUUUCUCUUAAAUCAGUCACGAUGCUCCGCCGCUCCGCCCUUCUCUUCCUUUCCUUCGUCCUCGUCGCUGCUUCCCACGCCUCCGCCCAGUCCCCAGCCUCCUCCCCCACUACCCCCGCCCCUUCCCUAUCCCCUGCCACUCCAGCUUCUGUUCCCCCCGCCGUCGCCCCACCCCUGCUCACCCCCACAUCUACCCCUGCCGCUUCUCCCAUCAAGGCCGUCGCCGCCCCAACCAAAACUCCCGACGCCUCUCCUCCGAAAGCCACGACACCCUCCGUCUCCCCAGUGUCGCCCCCUCCUGCCCCCGUGCCUGUGACUUCCCCGCCCGCGCCUCCCCCGACAUUACCACCGCCGGUGCUCGCACCAGCAGCAACUCCAAGCAAGCCCACGGAAGUCCCGUCGCCAGCGCCUAGCAAGAGCAAGAAGAAGCCGAAGAAGACGACCAAGAAGAAGAAGAUCCAGAGUCCCGCCCCUGCCCCGGCGCCGCUCUCACACAGACACAGCCCUCUGGCCCCUGUUGCCGCGUCUCCGGCAGGAAGCGUCGAUGCGCCAGGGCCCAGUUUCGCCGCUGAUCAAGCGAGUGGUGCAGUGUCAGUGAGAUCCAAAGUUGCAGGCGGCCUCAUUUCAGUGGCGGCGUGGCUUCCACUGCUCGGCUUGGCUGUGGUUUGAAGCAUCUCUGCUCUUGUUUUGUUGUGCACCGCCAUGAUUCCAGCUACUUGUAGUUCCACGUUUAACUACUCGUUCUCUAUUGAAUUCAUUGAGGAGGGGAGGUCGUCAUUGUUUAAUAAUUAAUAAUGUGUUAGGGCGGUGUCGAACUGAGCAUCUUUUUAUUUACGAUGGAUGUUUUAAAUAUUUACUUCUGCGCUGGAUCCUGCGGUGAAUAUUUUUUUUAUCUGACAAAUCUAUCAGCCUGCAU